GAUCUCCAGCAGAGCUGUCUCCUGGUACUGUUUCUCCAGUUAAUCAUAGCUUGGACUUGCAGCCAGUUACUUACUCAGAGCCUGCGUUUUGGUGUUCAAUAGCAUAUUAUGAAUUGAAUCAAAGAGUGGGAGAAACCUUCCAUGCAUCCCAGCCUUCGCUGACCGUAGAUGGCUUUACAGAUCCAUCAAAUUCAGAACGAUUUUGUCUAGGUUUGCUUUCCAACGUAAACAGAAAUGCUACAGUGGAAAUGACAAGACGACACAUAGGAAGGGGAGUACGUCUCUAUUACAUUGGUGGAGAAGUUUUUGCUGAGUGCUUAAGUGAUAGCGCGAUUUUUGUUCAGAGUCCCAACUGUAAUCAAAGAUAUGGCUGGCAUCCUGCAACUGUGUGCAAAAUUCCACCAGGAUGCAAUCUAAAAAUCUUUAAUAAUCAAGAAUUUGCUGCUCUUCUGGCUCAGUCUGUGAAUCAGGGUUUUGAAGCAGUUUAUCAGCUUACUAGAAUGUGUACCAUAAGAAUGAGUUUUGUUAAAGGAUGGGGAGCUGAAUAUAG